AUGACCGUCGUUCCCAUUCCACCAGACGAACUACCUGUCUUGGAAAACCUAAUCACAGUGCGACACAAGUUAUCGGCUCUCAAAAAGGAUCGGGAGUCUAGUACACGAAGUGAAGAGGUCAUGCCCUUGUACUUUGAAACAGAAAAGCAGAUAGAGACCUUGGCAUCACUGCGAUCGGGCGAUAUUUGGGAUCCUAAACUACGCAAUCGGCUCAAUGACGUGCUCGACGAUGUCAUGUCGCUUCUGUCACUCUUUUUUAUGAGCUUGGGUCGUAACAGAGAAAGUCCGGCUGUAUAUGUUCACUUGGUUACAGUAGAGAGAUAUUUGGAGCAACUAACACAGAUGGGCAUAUAUACCGACACUAUCUUGGUGGAAAUCGAAGAACGGGUUGCGGAUGUUGAAAGCAUCAUUUAUGCUGGCAAUGCUGAAGUUGCAUCAUCGUUCCUUGAUUUAUUGAAGAAAAAACUGCUGCGAUCUACUGCGAUCCGGGAUAUAUCUCCCGAUUUGAAACCUUUACAUAUUGAAUUGGUCGCCAUACGACGACAAUUGGGCAUCAUUGCUUCACGGCCCAACGGAUUUUCCUCCACUGAUAUAAUUCCGUUUCAAGAUAGGGUCCGCCACAUCGACAAAGAAUUUCGCCAGCAGUAUGGCAAUCUUACGGGACGAGCAGUCGUUGAAGGAUUACUGGAACAGUUGUACGAGGAAGCUCACGAUCUGAUUGCAUCAAGCGAAAAUAUAUCGGCUUCCUUAAUACCAUUAGCAGAUCGACUUAAGGAUAUAAAGGGACAAUUGGAGAGACUUGCGUUCACACAUCGAUGGACCCUACGCGAAACUGACCUGUAUACAUUUCAGAAUGAUGUCUUUAAGUUACAACUGCAAGAGAUUGAAAAACUACGUGACGAUGGCAAAUUCAAAGACACAGAAGGCAAUGUUGCAGAAGGACAGACGGUUAUCAACUUUUUAUUACGUGGUUGUUACCGGCUGAUUACCAAAAUGCUCAGCGAAAACGUACCGGUAGCGGAAGCUUUAAUGCCAGUACAUAACCAGUUAAGCACAGUGCGACGAUGCCUUGUUGAAGUGACAAAGUGCGGCAAGCCGGACUCACCGCGCGAUCUUUAUCCGUAUCAAAUGAAAUUGGCUAGUAUCGAUAACAUGCGCAUGAAUGGAAUUUUUUACGAUGAAGACAACAAUAUUCCUGAAGGACAAGCCAUCUGCACUGCUCUGUUGAAUGAAUGCUACGACAUCCUCCACGACCUUAUUUCCGCUAUCGACGACGAUAGAACAGCUUAA